ACCUGAGCGCAUCCAGCCAUGGCGCGUCCUCGGGAACUCAGCAACGCCUAUCGAGCGGUGUACCUGGCUUCGCCCUUGAAGUUUUGCACGACACUUCAUGCCUUCACCCCUGUGGUGCCGAAGUAUUACAUCAACCCAUGGGAGAAAGAUCCUUGGGCUUGGCAGCACCACAAGCUGCGCCGCAGCCGGGAACGGAAGCGCGGGCAGUUCGGUGCCUGGUGCUACGUCCAGGGUGCCGUCAGCAGCCUCUCCAGCAGCAACGCUCCGCCGCCCGGCGCCCUGAGCGGCGCCUGGCCGGAGCCGCAGCUGCUGGGGGCGCGAGGCCUGGUGGAAGUGGCGCAGAAGGCGCAGGUGGAGAAGUUGGAGGACUUUCACUUCUGGGAGAAGGUGGCUGAACGUGCCGUGAAGCUUAGGGAUGUCGUGGAUGUGGGUGACUUGGCCGUGUUGCUGGAUGCCUUGCUCACGGCCAACCAUCGGCACAUACAUUUGAUGAAGACCUUGUCUCGGGAAUUAAUUGAUGACGUCGACAAGUUGUCUCUGGUUGAAGCUGCCGUCAUCAUGAACUCCUUCGCUCACUUCCAAUGUGAAAGUCGUGGGAUGUUCGAGGCCUUCGCAGGACACGUCACGCGACUGUUGAUGGGCCAGAGAUAUUUGGAGCUGGAGGAUCCUGAGAGGUACGGCUCAGGCGCCGCAGAUCCGCAGACCUUGGCGGUGUUGUGCAAGGCCUUUGCGGCGCUGAAGUUCAAGGAUGAUGAGAUGAUGAAGGCGGUGAACGCUGCACUGAUCGAUCGCAUCGAGGAUGCUAACGUAUCUUCGGUCUCAGAGAUCCUUGGGGCCUUCUGCGAUCUCAGCAUGCCCUUUGAGGCCCCGGUGGAAUUCUGGGUGACGCUCUCUGGCAAGAUUCCCGGGACGUCCAUUCGCUACCUCUCCCCGCUGUUACGGGCCUUGCGGCUCUUGGAGGUCUUUGAACCUGAGUUGUGCGAGGCGGUGGGGCAAGAGCUACUUCAGCAGUUGGAAGAUGCGAGGCCUACCAGCGUACUGGACCCGGACCCGGAGGUUUCCUCGCUUCCCAAGCUGCCCAGCUUUGCAGAGCGGCCUUUGAUGCCAUCCCUGGAGGCAGCCAUCUCAGUGGACAAAGACGCCACAGAGGUUGAGGAUGCCAGUCCUACGGAGGCCACAGAGGUUGAGGAUGCCAGUCCUACGGAGGCCACAGAGGUUGAGGAUGCCAGUCCUACGGAGGAGAGCGAGGACUUCCAGGUGGGUGCGAAGGGUCCGGGGAGGAUUUUGAUGGCUCUGAGUUGUAUCAUGAAGUCAUUUCUGGUCAUUGCGUCGGCUGCGGAGGAUUUGACUUCCUGUGGUGGAGGGAGUGAAGGGAGCUAUGGGAGGUGGUACAAUGCUGUGACCCGGAAAUUGGAUUCCGGUCCCAAGGUGCCCUACUUUGUGCAGAUCUUAGAAGGGGGCAAGACAGCGGCGGCACCGUUCGAUCCCGACGAGUGCUUCAAGCGCAACCUCCGCGGCUUUCGGGUGGCACAGGUGCUGCUGGCAGGAACUGGAGUAACUGGAGACUGUCGCCUUUUGCCUAGCAAUGAGGGGAAGCACUGGAAGGUUUGGAAGCCCUCCGUGCAGUCUCUGAAAGAGCAAGUGGAGCUUCUGGAGGAAGCUGGAGCUGCUUCCAUGUAUCAAGUGGAACUGGAAAAGGUCAAUCCAUGGAGCCUGGAGCGGUGUAUCAAGAAAUGGUUCAGCGACAAAGGUGACACCUCCGAAGCGUCUGAAGCAGUGCCACAGAGGUCCUUGCACGAAAGUCUAUUGGACACUGUGGUGAAACCCUUGGUGACCUCGGCUCUUCAAGGCCUAACGCCUUCACAGCUGGCGCUGGCAGCCGAGCUCUACGCCAAAGGCGACAACGACGGCACAGUGAGUUCUGCUCAGAGGGCUGCGGCGGGUGUGGUUUUGAUGUCCUGGAAAACCACGGAGAAACGUGCACCUCAUCUUGAGGGAAUCCUUGAGGAGUUUGGGAGACUCUCCAACUUCUCCCGGGAUGACAUCCGAAGGUUGAACGCUGCUUGUGUCAGCUGCGGCUUGGAAGAUCCGUACUUGGCACGUGCGCAAAAAAGGCGCUUUCCCAAGGCGUUGAGGAAAGAGUUGCGGACGGCGGUCAAUGGAACCGCCGAAGCUGAAGCUCAAGAGUUGGACAUUCCGUACGACCUCCCGGAUCCCCAGCGCAAUUUACCGCCAGAGAUUGUCCCCGUGCCAUUUAUCAUGGUGGCAAGGUUCGACUUGUGCUGCGAGUUGGACUUGAAGGAAGUGGCAUUUUCCAUUCGCCACGCGGAGUACAACCCGCGCAAGCACACCAGUAUCACUGUACGCUUGUUGAAUCCGCGCGUGACGGCACUGGUGAGACACAGCGGCAGAGUGAUGCUGUCAUCCAGUGCCCAGUCAUGUUCAGAGGAAGCUUUGAAGAAGUCAGCCAAGAAAGUGGCGCGAUUGGUCCAAAGGGCUGGAAACCCGACUGCUAGGUUUACGGACUACCGAAUUUCCAGCAUCCUUUGCAAGGCGGAUCUGGGUUUUCCGGUGCGUCUUGACCAACUGGCAACGAAGUUUCGGCGCAAUGCACUGUACGAGCCGGAGUUCUUCAGCAACUGCGUUUUUCGCACCAAGAAGCCCAAAUGUACGUAUCUCAUCACCGCUGGCGGCAAGGUCUCUGUGAGCGGUUUGCGUACCAUGGAUGACGUGCGAGAGGCAUUGAGACGCGCAUACUUUGUCUUUCGCGAGUUCAGGUUAGACGGUGAAACUGUUAUGUCGUCACAUCCAAUGCAGCGUUGGCUCUGCUUUCUGCGGCGCGGGGCAAGCACCGUGCGAGCAGGGCGUUGUGGCUGGGGCACGCCUUGUCUGCAGGAUUCCAUGGGCAAGCGCGCGGCAACGCCCAAGCAGGAUCCGGCUGCCAAGAAGGCCAAGAAGGACGAGCCGGUAGCCGAGCCAAAGGCCAAGGGAAAGGCCAAGGCAAAAGCCAAGGCGGAGGCGGAGCCCAAGGCCAAGGCAAAGGCAGAGCCCAAAGCGAAGGCGGAACCGAAAGCCGAAGCCAAGGCAGAAGCAAAGGCGCCUGAGAGUGCCGUUGCCCCACCAGUGGCGCCUGCAGAGGACGCCGUUGAGGCGCCUGACGACCUUGGCUUCAUGGAGGAAGGCGAAGAUGAAUUUGAUGAUCUCUUUUUGGAAGAGGGUGAAGAGGAGGACCUGCUGGAUGAUGACGAACUCUUUCUGGAGUCCGACGAAGACAUGUUCCUUGAGGACGAUGAGGAAGAGGAUAUUGAUCCAGAGCUGCCAGAUGGCCCACCAGAGACGGCGGAGUGA